AGGGUUGUUUUCCUUCGUUCCUCCCUUUCUAUUUCACGGCUUCCUCCUCCUGUAUCUAUCUCAGCGAAGCUGCGGUUUCCAUCGAGCUCGCCCAGACUGAGCUGCGAAAAUGGCUCCGAAGAAGGCUGUUGGAAAAGCUUCAGCAAAGAAGAAGCCGGAGAAGGUGGUGAACCCGCUAUUCGAGAAGCGUCCGAAGCAGUUUGGAAUCGGUGGGGCAUUGCCGCCCAAGAGGGAUCUCACACGCUUCGUUAAAUGGCCGAAGGCUGUUCAAAUUCAGAGGAAGAAGAGGAUUCUCAAGCAGAGGCUGAAGGUUCCGCCGGCUUUAAAUCAGUUCACCAAGACCCUCGACAAGAAUCUUGCGACAAACUUGUUCAAGAUGCUUUUGAAGUAUCGGCCAGAGGACAAAGCUCAGAAAAAAGAACGUCUUCUAAAGAGAGCUCAGGAAGAGGCUGAAGGCAAAUCACAUGAUGCCAAAAAGCCUAUUGUUGUUAAAUAUGGUCUCAACCACGUUACCUACCUCAUUGAGCAGAACAAGGCACAGCUGGUUGUGAUUGCACAUGAUGUCGAUCCGAUCGAGUUAGUCGUUUGGCUCCCAGCCUUGUGCAGGAAGAUGGAAAUUCCAUACUGCAUUGUGAAAGGAAAAGCACGCAUGGGAGCGAUUGUCCAUAAAAAGACUGCAUCCGUCUUGUCCUUGACAACGGUCAAGAAUGAAGAUAAGUUGGAGUUCAGCAGGAUCCUAGAAGCUAUCAAGGCAAACUUCAACGACAAGUACGACGAGUACCGGAAGAAGUGGGGCGGUGGAAUCAUGGGAUCAAAGUCACAGGCCAAAACCAAAGCAAAAGAGAAGCUUCUUGCCAAGGAAGCUGCUCAAAGGAUGUCUUAGGAAUCUACAGGCCAACACUAGAUUGGUGAAAAGCAGAGGAUGUCAAAGGAUGGCUUAGGAGUCGGUAAUGAGUUCUUGUCCAACUUAAGUCUUUUCUCUUUUCAGAUUUAAGUUUAUCGGAUUGAGUGAUCUAGUUUGUUCAUUACCCUACGAGUAGUACCUAUUCAAGGCAGGAAAUUAUGGAGAGUUUCUAUUUGGACGCCAAUUUUGCUGUAUAAGUUGUAUUAUCACGUUUUGCCUAAAUUAUGAACUUACAAUUUACUACUAUU